AUGGAAAUAUCAAAGUCACUGCAAAAGUUGCUGGCGAACACACGUGGAGUUCAACAUAUUUUUAUAACCGACAAAGACGGUAUACCGAUUGUCGGUGUGAAUGGAUCUGGUAAUGAAGAUAUACGAAAUCGAAUGCAGCUGAUUAACAGUAAUCAGAUCACAUUAGAUCAGAUAGCUAAAUUAAAUCUCGGAGAACAAAAGUCGGCAAUUUUUUGUUACGAAUCAACAACUGUAGUGGUGCUUCAGAUUAAUCCACUUACAGUAAUUAUUAUUGCGAAUGCUGAUGCAUUUAUUGGUUCACUUCGAAAUCUCAGGAGGCCGCUAGAACCUAUUGUUUCCGAAAUCGCGGUUGUGGCAGGCUUUCAAUGA